UGUUCAGCAGUUUUGGGGUGUUAGACCGAAGGUUUCUCUCUCUCUCUCUCUCUCUCGGUUCAACAGCACUCGAGUUUGUCACAGAUCGCUGAUAUUUGUUGCUGCGCUGUGGACUUUUCUAAAGAAGGAAAGAAAGCUGUCAUCACAGCGCUUCCUGGUUUCUAUUUUAUUCCGUCAGUGUCGCAACCAGACGCAACACAACAGCUGCGACCUUGGUUAUUGUGUGAUCGCUGUUCUAGAUAAAUAAGCAACUACAGGUUUUAGAAACAGGUCAUUUGGAUCGUUAUUUUUGUAGUUUACUUAUUUUUCAAAUAUUGUACUGAAACAUUGUUUUUGAAUCCGUUUCGGCGAGCUGUUGACCAGAACAAUGCGGUUCGCACCAAUCCCCUGCGCCGUGGGGUUGCUGUGUUGUGUUCUGCUGUUGGGCACGGUACCGUUGGGGACCUCGUUCCCCGUUCAGGACGAGGGGAAACCGGGCAUAACGUUUCUGGAAGAGGUCGGGCGUCUCCGGGUCGGGUUCAACUGGCGGAACCUGACCUGUCCGGUGUGCAAAGUCCUCUUCACCAUACUGGAUAUCGCUCUGCUGAGUGAUGUUAACGAGGAGCGUGUUGCGCGGGCCGUGGGUGAGGCCUGUAUCCGUCUCCACCUGGCUGAAGAGCGGGUCUGUCGUCAAAUCACGGAGCUGUUCAGAGAUGACUUCAUCAGGGCCUUGCAGCAGUCUCUGUUGUGGCCGUCGGAGGCCUGUGCGCUGCUGGUUGGGAGGUCAUGCGGACGCUUCGAUAUCUAUGCACCCUGGAACGUCACCCUACCCCGGAUCCCCAAACCCCCAGUCACCCCGCCCACACCCCCCAAGCCUGGAGCACCACAGAGCAGAGUCCUCUUCCUCACAGACAUACACUGGGAUCAGGAGUAUGCAGUGGGCAGCUCUGCUGAUUGUAAAGACCCGUUGUGUUGUCGUAAUGAGUCUGGAUCUCCCAGCUGGCGUCAGAGAGCGGCUGGGUUCUGGGGCUCCUACAGUAAAUGCGACUUGCCCCUGAGAACCGUGAAGAACAUGCUGGAGAACGCAGCAAGAACCGGACCAUGGGACUGGGUCUACUGGACAGGAGAUAUACCUGCUCAUAACAUCUGGUCUCAAACCAGGAAGCAACAACUGUCUGAACUCACUGUUAUCACCAGACUGAUACACAGUCACCUAGGUAACUUGAAGGUGUACCCGGCGAUCGGUAACCAUGAGAGCACCCCGGUCAACAGUUUCCCCCCGCCGUUCGUCCGCGGCAACCGGUCGUCACGCUGGCUCUACGACACCAUGGCCGAGGAGUGGGCGCCGUGGUUACCAGAACAGGCCCUGAAGACCCUUAGGCAUGGUGGGUUCUACACAGUCGAGGUCCAGCCAGGUCUUCGAGUGGCGUCUCUGAACAUGAACUUCUGUGCCAAGGAAAACUAUUGGCUGAUGGUCAACUCUACUGACCCUGCUAACCAGCUCCAGUGGCUGAUCCACAUACUACAGGCCAGUGAGGAGAAGGGAGAGAGGGUCCACAUCAUCGGUCACAUCCCCCCUGGUCUCUGUUUGAGCAGCUGGAGCUGGAACUAUUACCACAUCAUCAACCGGUAUGAGGGUACAGUCACGGGUCAGUUCUUUGGCCACACUCACAUGGAUGAGUUCCAGAUGUUUUAUGACGAGGCGACGAUGACUAGGGCUGUGGGCGUGGCCUUCAUCGCUCCCUCCAUCACCACCUAUAUCAACCUCAACCCAGGUUACCGGGUCUACCUGCUCGACGGUAACUACAAGGGCAGUUCUCGGUUUGUUCUGGACCACGAGACGUAUAUCUUAAACCUUACAGAGGCUAACCGACAGCCUGAAGGAGGAGGGGUCUCCUCCCUGUUCCCCAGCCCAUCACAACACCCUAUCUUCCACCCUGACCCAAACCCCAAAUGGACCCUCCUCUACCGCGCUUCUGAAGCCUACGGCGUCUCCUCCCUGUUCCCGUCGGACUGGGACGGGCUGAUCAGGACCUUCGUCCAGGACGACCGCGUGUUUCAGCGGUUCUGGUACCUCAGACAUAAAGGUCACGUGUCAGAGCCCUGUAUAGAUGCCUGUAAGACAACAGUCGUCUGUUUCCUACGUUCAGGCAGAUAUGAUGAGCUGGAGAAGUGUGACCAGUUGGAGUUUGGGGGAGAUACAGCUGUUAGGAAAACACUGUGUUGAACUGGGAUAGGGAGUUGGGGGAGGGGUGUUAGGGCAGGGGCGUUUUGGUUAACGUAGUUUGAAUGUCGGCCAUGUUGUCGUCAACUAUUCAAGACAUUGAAUGCGACUCUGGAUCUAAGUGAAACGUCAUGGAACACUGGUUGACGGCCUGGUUCUUUUUGGUUCUGGGCCUCAACCUUGUUCUGUCCAAUCAGUAUCUGUGUUGUUAGAGUACAUUUACUGCUAGUGAAUGUCAAAAAUAAUGGGGGGGG